CUGAGGGAGUCACACCGCUGGGAUUCUCUACAAUGUCACUCUCCUUGCAAUCUCCGCCCUCUCCAGCGCUCUCGUCUUCUUCCUCUUCUUUCCCGGGGAGAUCGAGACUGAGGUUGACGAAUGGAUCCACUGCUCCUUCUCUACUCUUCAAGCUGCCGAGAUUCUUCCCUGUCUUUCGUGCUUCAGCUGGCUCAUCCUCUUCACUUGAUGCUGGUUUGUGCACUGAAUUGGACGCUGUGUCUGCCUUCAGUGAGAUUGUUCCUGAUACUGUGAUAUUCGAUGAUUUCGAAAAGUUUCCACCAACUGCUGCUACUGUUAGCUCUUCAAUUCUGUUGGGUAUAUUAAGCCUUCCGGAUACCAUAUUUAGAAAUGCUGUGGAUAUGGCUUUAGCAGAAUCAAGUAGUUCUGCGUUGGACAACCCCGAAUUGAGAUUGUCUUGCUUCUAUAACAAGGCAUUAGUGAAUGUUGGUGGUGAUUUGACAAAACUAGUUCCUGGUCGAGUUUCAACAGAAGUUGAUGCCCGCCUUGCUUAUGACACACAUGGUAUUAUUAGGAAGGUUCAUGACUUGUUGAAACUGUACAAUGAAAUUAAUGUUCCUCCUGAACGUUUACUGUUCAAAAUUCCUUCAACUUGGCAAGGAAUAGAGGCCUCAAGAUUGCUGGAAUCUGAGGGCAUAGAGACGCAUUUGACUUUUGUAUACAGCUUUGCUCAAGCAGCAGCUGCAGCCCAAGCAGGUGCUUCUGUUAUUCAGAUUUUUGUUGGUCGUAUUCGGGACUGGGCACGCAAACAUUCUGGUGACCCUGAGAUUGAAGCUGCUAUAAGAAGAGGGGAAGAUCCUGGUUUAGCUUUGGUGACUAAAGCUUAUAAUUACAUUCACAAAUAUGGCUACAAAUCAAAGUUGAUGGCAGCAGCUGUUCGAAACAAGCAAGAUUUAUUCAGUCUUCUGGGGGUUGAUUAUAUCGUUGCACCUCUUAAGAUAUUACAGUCCCUUAAAGAAUCCACCACAGCUCCUGAUGAGAAGUACUCUUUCAUUGAGAGGUUAUCCCCACAGUCAGCUACCAACUACAAUUUCACUACUGAAGAGCUCAAAAAGUGGGACCAAUUAACGCUUGCAUCAUCAAUGGGAACCGCAUCUGUGGAGCUUCUGGCUUCCGGACUAGAUGGGUAUGUCGAGCAAGUGAAGCGUGUUGAGGAAUUAUUUGAGAAGAUUUGGCCGCCUCCAAAUGUAUGAAGCUGUUUAUGUUCGUCUUUUAACCACUCGCAAAGUCUCAUGGAAUAAGGGGACAAUACCAAUUAACUUGCAGUGAUGCUUUGAUGUCUUUCAUUUCCGCGGCAAUCCUUCUGUCUGUUAACCGGUGUUAGUGAUGCAUGUUUCUUCCAGUGGGCAAUCCUUUUCGCCUUUUAAUUGGUGUUACCAAUCAAUUUAUAUGCACAUUUUAAGAUCUAAAGUAUUUACGUAGUUCUAUCUCAAGUCACAAAUUUGUUAUAAGCAUUUCUUAAAAUCUGUUGCUAUUGGACUUGGAAAGUAAGCCCAAAAUAGAAGGAAGAAAUCAUUUUUAUAGCA